AUGGAGAAAGCUUAUUUCUUCUUGCUUGUAGCCUUGGUAGCAAGCCUAGCCACAGCUUCCUCAAGCACCACUAACGUUGUUGCCCAUAACAACACCAGUGAUCAUGAUCUAGGCGCUCUUCUUGCCUUCAGGGCUGCCAUUUCCGACCCCCAAAACAUCCUUCCAGUCAAUUGGUCCACUUCUACCUCUGUUUGUAACUGGAUAGGAAUCACUUGUAACAGACGCCAUCGAAGAGUCGCCGCCAUACAACUUCCCAAAAUGGGCUUAGUUGGAACCAUACCUCCACAGUUGGGGAAUCUCUCCUUCUUAGUCUGGCUGGAUCUUGAAAACAAUAGCUUCCAUGGAAAUCUUCCAACUCAGAUGGUUCAUUUGCGUCGACUCAAGCACAUCAACUUGGCAUUCAAUAGCUUUGAUGGCGGAUUUCCAUCAUGGUUGGGAGCUUUAUCUCAACUUCGUUACCUUUCGGUCCUUGGUAACAGAAUUUCUGGUUCAUUGCCACCAACGUUCUCUAAUGUAACAAUGUUAGAGACCAUCACGUUAGGUCGGAACCUCAUAACUGGAAAUAUACCUCAAGACUGGAGUGCUUUACAGAACUUGGAGGUCCUUGACAUGGCAAAUAAUAAACUCGAAGGCCCUCUGCCUGGAUCUUUAUUUAACCUCUCGUCAUUGCAGCACUUUAGUUUUUCGAAUAAUAGCUUAUCCGGUUACCUUCCGGCACGUAUCUGCGAUCAUCUGCCACAACUCAAAGGGCUUUAUUUGUCAAAUAACGAGUUUGGCGGCGCAGUCCCUGCUGGCAUUGGAGGUUGUCCGAGGCUUCAAUUCUUGUCCUUGUCAUACAAUAAUCUGGCAGGAAAUAUACCAAAAGAAAUUUCGAAUCUAACCAUGCUUAGGGUGGUGUUUCUAGCUCCAAACGAUGUUCAAGGUCAAAUCCCAGCAGAUAUUGGCAAUCUUACUAAUUUGGAGCAGCUAGGCAUAGAGGUGGCUAAUCUGACAGGUAACAAUUAG